AUGGCAGCCGAAAACGAUUUCGCAUCCAAGCUCAACGACAACAGCGACCAUAGCCUCAACCGCGUUCCUGUGGAGGUAGCUAUUAAUGCUCUCCAAGCACAAGUCAAAGAACUUCAACAAUUGGCAGCUGCGGCUCAACUCAAAAAUGGUAACGAGACAACCAAUACGGCUGAUGCAGAAGAGGUCGAAGCAUUGCGUAAACAAGUCAAAGAAUUGGAAAAGGCAAAUGCCAAAGCCGAGUAUCGAAUUCAAUUUCUUUUGCGAGCACUUGAUGAACGUGACAAUAGACAACAAUAA